AUGAUCUCGAUCAGUGGGCCCGAUGCGGGGGAUACCUCAUCACUUUGCCAAUUCCAAGGCUUCGCACUCCAAAUGUUUCCGAUCGCCGACGUACUCUGGACAUUCGCCAUGGCCUUGGAUACAUAUCUUGUUGUCUUCCAUCGAUUCGACACGCACUCCUUGCAAAAGCUUGAAAGAUGGUACCUGUCAUUGAUUACAGUACUCACAUUUAUUCCCGCCUUAGUGUUCCUCUUCAUCCACACGCCCGCCAAGGGCCCGAUCUAUGGUAGUGAAACCAUAUGGUGCUCAAUUUCGCCGAACUGGAUGCUCAUUCGAAUUGUUCUCUACUACGGUCCUGUUUGGCUCGUCAUCAGCGUUGUCUUAAUCUUCUAUUUCCUCAUCGGCGUCGAGAUAUCCCGACUCCGAGACGAAUUCAAACUGACCGAAGACGACCAUAUCGCACUCACUUCCAACCUCUCCUCCCAAGCCCCCGCCUUCGAAAACCCGACCGGCACAGUCACUACAACCGUCGAAGCCACGAAACCGAAGAUGACACAGACGUCCGACGUUCGAGUGACCAGCGAGACAUCCGUUGAACAUAUAAUCACUCCCCGCCUCGCGUCAUCGAAGCAAUUUCCUAUAAAUUACAAUGCACCCACACAGCGGCGCAUGUCAUUUAAGCAAUACGUCCUUAUGCCCUCGUUAUUCUUCCUGGCUCUGUUAGCGACUUGGGUGGCGCCGACCAUCAAUCGUGUUUCGGCUUUUAUUCGCCCUGGCUACGAGUCAUAUCCCCUUCUGUUGGCCGUUACGGACUCCAUUAACCAGAGCUCCGGAUUUGGUAUUGCUAUUCAGAAACCCCCCUCGACAUGGGACAUAUCAACGCUUGACCCCUGA